GUAGGAUCUUUUUCUCUCUCUCUGGACACGUCCGGUCACAAGGCCCACCUCCCCAUCCAUCUGCUCUUCUGCAGGGAAUGUCUGCUGGCAUUUAGGGGAAUAAAGACAGCAACACCUGGUGAUGAGCUGAUGUUGCUGCGUCAUGUUUAGCUGAGGUCCCUCCUCCUGCGGUGUUCCAAAUGGAGAUGUUGAGUCAGCCCAAGCUGCUUCCUGUUUUCAUUCAGCUGGCAGAGAGGGAGGAGACAGGGGAUUGUAUAAAAGAGAGAGAGUCACUGAAGGGGUACACAGAGCACAAACUGAGCAUCCAGAGACAAAGAACAGUGGAUCACUGUGGACAUACUGUAUACCAAACUACCAAACUUACAGGACUUCAUUAUAACUGACGCAGAGAUGGAGACAGAGAGGAAGACAAAGACAGCCGCAGAGCAGAUGACUGACAGGGAUCUGUCAGAGCAAAUCAAAAUGGUGACGAAGGAGAGCCACGUCAGGGCAGAGAACACAGAGCUGAUGUUGAGCUACCAGAGGGGACAAGUCACACUGGCACAGUACAAGCUCCUUCUGUGCUCACUGUAUGAGAUCUACCAGGCCUUGGAGGAAGAGCUGGACAGGAACUGCGACCACCCUGCUGUUGCUCCCAUUUACUUCCCUGCUGAACUGGCGAGGCUGGAGCCCAUCGAGAAAGACCUGGAGCACUUCUAUGGCCAGGACUGGAGAGAGAGGAUUGUUAUCCCUGCGGCCACUAAAAGAUACUCACACAGACUAAGACAGAUUGGCAAAGAAAACCCUGAAUUCCUGGUGGCCCAUGCUUACACCCGGUACCUCGGUGACCUGUCGGGUGGGCAGGUCCUGGGCCGAAUCACCCAGAAGUCCCUGGGGCUGAAGAAUGGCGAGGGCCUGUCGUUCUUCUCCUUCCCUGGUGUCUCCAGUCCCAACCUGUUCAAACAGCUUUACCGCAGCAGGAUGAACAGCAUUGAGCUGACAGAGGAGGAGAGGAACAGCGUGCUGGAGGAGGCCGUCAGAGCCUUCGAGUUUAACAUCCAGGUGUUUGAUGAUUUGCAGAAGAUGCUGAAUGUCACUCAGACAGAGAGCGAGAUGCAGAGUCGCACGGCACAGUCCAAACUGACUAAUGGGGAUUCCACGCUGGCCAAGACACUCCAGAUCCCCAGCAGUAUGAUCAGCGCCGCCCCACUCCUCAGGAUGGUCGUCGGACUCUUCGUGGCUCUGGCCACAGUCAGCAUGGGAAUCUAUGCAUUUUAGAGAACUUAAAAAAAAAAAAAAAAAAACUUUUAACAGCUUUAUAUUUAUAACAUUGAAGACCCCAACUGAAGAUCUUGAAU